CACCUGCCCCGGUGCCUUCUGCCCCGGCAUCCGGGCCCAGCCGGUCACCCCCGCGAGGGCCCCGACCCCGUCCCGCAGCGAGGGAACCUCCUGAGCUCCUCCCCGUCCUCCCCGAGGCUGUCCCCGUGGGAGAGACCCCGCGGUGUUAUUCCCAGUAAAGGUGCCCCUCCGCCCCUGCCGCAGGCAUGGAAGCAGCUGUCCCGGCUCCAGCGGAAUGCGAUCCUCUCCGCCCUGGCCUUUCUGCUGUGCUGCGGGCUCCUGUCCUACCUCAGCGCGGCCGACCCGUGGACAGCCCCGAACAGCAGGCCAACGGAGGAGCAGAAGGGGAGGCCCGCACACCCGCCCGUCUUGCCGGCUCCUCGGAAGGCAGAUGCCGACCCGGGAGCUCCUCUCACUGUGACCUUCCCUGUGAUGUUCGUCCAGAAGCCUCAAAGGCACGUGCGGCGGGGCCCCCCCAACCUGCAGAUCAGAGCGCCCCACAGAGACGCGGAGGAUGGCAGGAGGAGGGACGAGGCGGCGGACGAGGCUCGCCAGGGAGAAGACCCGCCGAGGACCGUCGUCAGCUGGCGGGGAGCAGUGAUCGAGCCGGAGCCGGGCACCCAGGCUCCUUCCCGGAAGGCAGAGGCCCCUGCCCGGCCCUCUCUGCAGGACCCCAGGAUUCAGAACCAACGAGCCUCCCCUAACGAGCGCCAGCAGGCCGUCAUAGACGCCUUCCGCCACGCGUGGGCCGGAUACCGCAAGUUUGCCUGGGGCCACGACGAGCUGAAGCCCGUGUCCAAGUCCUUCAGCGAGUGGUUCGGCCUCGGCCUCACGCUGGUCGACUCCCUGGACACCAUGUGGAUCCUGGGUCUGAAGAAAGAAUUCGGAGAAGCCCGGAGGUGGGUGUCCGAGAAGCUGCAGUUUCAGAAGGACGUGGACGUGAACCUGUUUGAGAGCACCAUCCGCAUUCUGGGGGGCCUGCUCAGCGCCUACCACCUGACGGGGGACGCGCUCUUCCUGCAGAAAGCCGAAGACUUUGGGAAUCGGCUGAUGCCUGCGUUCCGCACGCCCUCCAAGAUCCCGUACUCGGACGUGAACAUCGGCACUGGCGUGGCCCACCCGCCCUGGUGGACGUCCGACAGCACGGUGGCCGAGGUGACGAGCAUCCAGCUGGAGUUCCGCGAGCUCUCUCGUCUCACGGGCGUCAAGAAAUUCCAGGAGGCCGCGGAGGAGGUGACCCGGCACGUCCACUCCCUGUCGGGGAAGAAGGACGGGCUGGUGCCCAUGUUCAUCAACACGCACAGCGGCCUCUUCACCCACGGAGGCGUGUUCACCCUGGGCGCCAGGGCCGACAGCUACUACGAGUACCUGCUGAAGCAGUGGAUCCAGGGCCAGCGGCAGGACACGCGGUGAGGCCGCUCUGCGCCGUCCCAGCUCCAGGGCGCCCAUGGGACGCAGGUCCUCUCAGCACAGCACGUGCCAGGGAAGGCUCCUGGCCUGGAGGCCCGAGGGCUCCUGGGACGGGGAGGCCAGGGGCUCCUGGGACGGGGAGGUGGGCUCCGUGGUGGUGAGGAGGCCCUUCACUUGCAGGACCACCUGGUGUGCUUCCUGCCAGGGACGCUGGCCCUGGGCGCCCACUACGGGCUGCCCGCUGACCACAUGGACCUGGCCCGGGCGCUCAUGGAAACCUGCUACCAGAUGAACAGGCAGAUGGCGACGGGGCUGAGCCCGGAGAUCGCACACUUCAACCUGCACGCGCAGAAGGACAUCUACCUGUACCGCCUCACGGGGGACCGCACCUACCAGGACUGGGGCUGGGAGAUCCUGCAGAGCUUCAACACCUACACGCGGGUCCCCUCGGGCGGCUACUCCUCCAUCAGCAACGUCCAGGACCCGCACAACCCACAGCCCAGGGACAAGAUGGAGAGCUUCUUCCUGGGGGAGACGCUCAAGUACCUGUUCCUGCUCUUCUCCGACGACAUGGACCUGCUCAGCCUGGACUCCUACGUGUUCAACACCGAGGCCCACCCCCUGCCCAUCUGGGCCCCCGCGUAGGGCGGGUCCACGGGGCGCUGCCCUGGGGUCUCACUUCUGGUGUUGGAGGGGCCUGGCAGCAGGGCCCCGGCCCUGGAUAGGCCCACCCUCCUUUGACCUUGGCCGUGCGGUGUCGGCCCAGCUGGACAGCAGGCCAGGAGGCAGCUGGGCCGGGCCAUACCCGGGCUGUGAGGUGCUGGGUUGGCCUCGGGCAGCAGGUGUCUGCCCAGCUGUGGUUCCCUCGGGACAUCAUCGGGGACCAGGAGGGAGACCAGCGCUGUGUUCAGGGGUCCCGUCCACGGGCCGCCUCCUUCCUGAGAAUCUCAAACCGUGGCUCACAUUCCUGAAACCUGGACGUCCUACCAGCCAGCGCACGGGCUUCGGGGGGCCCAGCCUCGGGGGUCCCCAGGCCCACAUGUUCAGGGCAACAGCGAGGGACCAGAGUGCAGCUCGGCCUCGGGGUCCGUCUGUGGCCCUGUCCUGUCCGAGGUCUCGGGGUGUCUGUGGCCCCACUGACCGGGACACCUGGCUGGCUGUGCUGUUUACGUGUUGGACUCAGGGAUCCCACGGGGGCGGCGGGCAGGUGUGCCCUGCGCCCGGCCUCCCGAUGGGACGGACCUUCACUCGGGAUAAAGUAGAUCUGCUCCGGC